UUCCACCAAUUUCCCUUCCAACAAAAAACACAAAAGAAAAAGCGCCACCACCACAUUUCCAUGAAGAAAACAGGGCUGUUCGCCGCCUCCGUCGCCGCCGCCUCCGCCACCGCCCUGUCUGCUCCGCCGUCCUCCGCCGGCAUCCUCAAAACCACUUUCUCCCAUCAGGAACAAGUCACCAGAGAUCAAGAAAUUACUACUCCAUCCAGAAGAUCUCCGCCGUCUACGGCGGCGGAACAAUUUGCUCCGAGAUUCGAUGGGUUGCGAUUCAUUGAAACUCUUGUCACUGCUCAUAGAUGAUAAGCUUUGAUUUUGGCAAUAAAAUGGCCCUCCAUCCUUUUUUUUUCUGUCUUAUUAUAAAAAAAAAAAAUUAAUCACUUUGAGGAAACACCCCCAAUUCUGUAUUGCAAGUGGUGGGUUUGUUUUUGUUUUUGUUUUUUUAUUAGAGCUUGAUCUUGUAAUUCAAUCAUAUACUGUAAUGUAAUGAUAUAAUGUGACAAGGUAUAUGUAUUUUACUAGUGGUAAUUUUGUGGAUUUUUUUGUUAUAAGAUAUGAUAAAAAAUGAAUGUCAGACACUCUGCAGUGCUCUGUUUUGGUAA